AUGCCUUCUUCAGCAGGCGUUCUGACCCCGGCUCUCACAACCUUCUCCAGAUCCGUUAGGAACAGAGGUACUCCAAUCGAGUCCUCUAUAGAGAACCUGAUCUCCCUUCUAAAAAGACGUCAAAUUCGCGAUUCAAAACCCUGUGCAAUGGCUACCGCUUACCUCUUGCGCCGGGUAGUGGAGACAUUCAAGAUCGCAGAUGUCUCGGGACUCAUUGAACGGGUGCACCAAGUCGGAGAACGAUUAUUAGCUGCGCAGCCGAGGGAGAUGGCCAUUGGGAACAUAGUACGCCGUGUUCUGGGUGUCAUCCGAGAAGAGGCAGAAGAGGAUCGAGACGGGGAGACCAGUGGCUACAGCGAUGCGGACACAGACAGUCGGCCUCAUUCCGCGGGAGAGAAUGGUUCAAGACUCCCUGAAGCACCUGGGGCCGUCUCGCGGGCUCUCUUGUCAAGUCCAUUGCCGCGAGGUGCUAGUGACCAACCUUCGCUCGAACCUCAUGAAGACGGAGCACUCCAACGCCUUCCAGUUCUAACAGCGCAUGCUUCAUAUGCAAGUACGAAUACUGGUCCCGUGGUGACGUCUAUGUUCAGCUUGCUAUCUCACCCUAGAUCGAAUGUAGCAUUACCCACUGCUACUCCUGGCUCGCAGUCCCCUGGAAGCCAUCCACCACUUUCGAACACGGCCCUUGCAAAUCUUACUGCUGCCAAAGAUCUCAGGGCAGAAAUCGUUGAAGGAAUACAGGAAAUACUUGAGGAAUUGAAUCAAGCGGAUGACCAGAUAGCUGGCUACUGUCUAGAGCACAUCCAUUCUAACGAGGUCAUUCUCACUCACACAUCCUCAAUCACCGUUCAAAAAUUUCUCCUCAAGGCAGCCGCUAAACGAAAAUUUACUGUGAUCCACGCCGAAACCUUUCCCAACGACCACGAAUCUACGCAUGCCACAGUCAUUGGCAAAGCUAAAGGGGAGUCGGAUGACGAAUUGAGACCAGAGUCAUUCCAGAAAUCGCUGACUGCAGCCGGCAUCACAGUAAUCCUAAUUCCCGACUCAGCUGUGUUUGCCUUGAUGUCGCGCGUCAACAAAGUGAUCCUCGACACUCAUAUUGUACUCGCAAACGGGGGUUUGGUAGCAGCCGCAGGGGCAAAGGUCGUUGCCAAAGCUGCGAGUAUGCAUCGGACGCCUGUUAUCGUGCUUAGUGGGGUUUACAAGCUUAGCCCAGUCUAUCCUUUUGAUAUUGAUUCGUUGAUGGAAAACGGAGAUCCAGCCGGAGUGAUCGGAUAUGGAGAUGGAGACAUGGUGAACAAGGUCGAGUUUGAAAACCCCCUGUUCGAUCAUAUCCCUCCGGAAUUGGUAGAUCUCUACAUCACGAACCUGGGUGGACAUGCUCCUACUUAUCUCUAUCGCAUAAUUGCAGAUCACUACAGAGCUGAGGAUACAGAGCUUGAUAAAUUCAAUGCAUAUCAAUGA